CAAGAAAGUGCGGUACCUCUAGAAGGAAUGAAUUGUAUUUGUUGCACCCGACGGUGACGAAACUAAGAAUAAGAGGCAACUGGACAAGUAUCUGAAAUCUCAUCCAGGAGGACCUCCUGCUUCUGAAUUUGAUUGGGGUACAGGUGACACUCCUAGACGAUCAUCUAGAUUGGGUGAAAAGUCUAAAGCAACUGAGUCACCAGAAAGUGAAACUCCCAGUAAGAGACCAAGGAAAUCAAGUUCCAAAAAAGGAGCUAAGGAGGAUGCUGGUGAGCAAGAAGCUGAGGGUGCUACCGAGAAAGAAACUGAGGGAAGUGCUGAACUUGCUAUGCCAGAUGCAGAGGAUCUAGAUGUCCAAGAUGUAGAUGCCUCUAAGGAGGUUCCCACCGAUGGAGAUAACAUAAAGGAUGAUGAGAAGAAGACCAAUGAUGGUGAGAUUGUCCCUGAGGAGCCUCCAGCAAGUGAAGAUAAGAUGGAAAUUGUGCAAGAAAAAGAAGCAGCGUUGGGUGAGGGAAACAUAGAGAAGCUGGAAAAUCAAGAAGCUGAAGAUAAGCCUCUGGAUAACAGCCUGCAAACUGACAAAAAACCGCUACCAUUGGAUGUGCUCGAGGAAAAUAAGAUCGAGAGUGAACCAGCUGGGACAGAUGCCUCAUCUCAUUCUGCUGAACUCAACAAGGAAACCUCAGCUAGACAAGAAGAAAGCGCAGAAGAAGCUCCCGCUCCCGCUGCAGAUGUACUGAAUGUGCUCGAGGAAAAUAAGAUAGAGAGUAAACCAGCUGAACUCAGCAAGGCAACCUCAGUUAGCCAAGAAAAAUCUGCAGAAGAAGCUCCUGCCGCUGCAGAUGCACUGGUUCAGAAUUCUAAUGAUGCUAAGGUAGACGAAAACGAGCAGAUUGACAGGGAGAUUCCAAUUGAGGAGAUCAAUGGCAAAGAAGCGGCUGCAGUAGGUGUUAACAACUCUGUAGAGAACAAUUCUGUGCAGCAACAAGCCACCGUAGUCGACCAAGUCACCUCAAGUUAAUCUUUCGAUUAUUUAGGAUAAUACUUUGUGUAUCAUCUGGCCUUUAUUUCUUCUUGGCCCUGAUUUAGGUAACUGACAAACAACAGUAGGCGUGUCCUGCAUAUGUUUAGAAUUCUUAGCUACUGAUUCUGUAUUACAUUGUAUUGCUGUUGUUAUCAUCUGUAUUGUUCAACUUAUAUUCUAUUAGGGCCUCAUGAUUUCUUGAACUUUGACAUAAAAAACAAUGGCCUUCCCAAAUUGCUCUAUUAAUGAAUGCAAGCUGUUAUGGUGUUUUCUCGAAA